AUGCAGAUCCGCACGGGCGAGGGCAAGUCAAUUGCCCUUGGUGGUGGAGCGGCUCUUCUUGCUUUGCUCGGACACCGUGUACGAUGCGUCUGCUAUUCGAAGUACCUGAGCGACAGAGAUUUCAAGGCAUUCCGUGCCUUGUUUGAGGCGCUGGCUGUGCAACAUCGAAUCGUCUACAGCGUGAUUACAUCAUACAGUGAAGAUCUCGCAGAGCGCAAGGGCGACAUUCGCAAACUGACGCUCGAUCUUGUCAAGACGGGAACGUUGACAGCGUCAGCGCAGAGAGCCAAUCAG